CUGAGCGUCGAUUCGCACGCCGCAUGCGGAAAAAAACAACGCGUUCGAAUUUCAAAAUUCAAUUUUUGAAUUGGAAUUUAAUUUUAUCUGUGGUUUUAUGAAUAAAAAUAAAAAAGUUUACUUUUUUCUGCAUUUCUGGCAGUUUUAAAAAGCUUUCAUUACAAUUAAAAGAAAACAAGUGAGUGUGAGAUUGAAGUUAUCAAGGAGGAACAAUGCGUUUGGUUUUUUAUUCGCCGUAAAAAAUAUCGCCGAGCCAAUUUAUUGCACGUGAAAGCGGCGGUGAGGAAUGCGAUGAAACUACACUUUCAGUGAAGGCAGCUUAUAAAUCAGCAUCCAAGAUGGCGGAGGGGGUUCAUAAACAGAGGGUGCCUCCUUUCCUGAAACAGCUGCUGGCAGUAAGCGGCAUAGUGCUGUACAUGAUCGGCACCGGCGCCAAUAUCGCGUACCCUGGAGUGCUGCUGGUGCAGUUGCGGGAACCAGGCUCGACUGUCCAGCUCACGCCCGAACAUGAGUCGUGGAUAGCUUCCAUCCUGGGCCUGGCGCUCAUCAGCGGCAUCGUGGUAGCUCCGUUCAGCCUGCAGCGCCUCGGUCGUCGCCUCACCAACCAGCUCAGCUGUCUCCCAGCGCUGGGUGGCUGGGCGCUGAUGAUAUCAGCUAAGGGACCUACUGCGCUGCUCAUCAGUAGGUCUUUGCAGGGCUUCGCCAUGGGCCUGCAGGCAGCAUCGGCCCCCGUGUCCAUCGCCGAGUACUCAGCGCCGAAGCACCGCGGCGCCUUCCUGGCCACCAUUGCCUUCUCCUUUGCCACUGGCAUGCUGGUGGCACACACCUUCGGCACCUUCCUCUACUGGAGGACCGCUGGCCUCGCCUGUGGCAGCUUCUACGCCCUCUCUCUGAUACUCAUCUCUCUCAGCCCAGAAACACCGCCAUAUCUAGCGUCAAGGGGACUCUACGCCGAAUGCCGCAAGUCCUUCCGAUGGUUGCGAGGAUAUGACUACGCUUCAGAAAAAGAACUAGAAGUCUUGCUAAACAGCCAGAAGACGCAGAAUGUAGUCACCACUAAAGUCUCCAAAUGGAGGUAUUACAAUAACAUUGUGAGAAAACCUGAGUUUUUUAAGCCGACUGUAAUAAUGAUGUUCAUGUUUGUCCUUUUCCAAAUAUCAGGCAUGACUGUAGUUCCGUCGUAUACAGUGCCUAUGAUGCAAGAGGUGUCUGGAGGCAGCAUCGAGGCUAACACAAGCAUGCUGAUGGUAGAUGUAGUCAGAUUCGCUACCGCUGUUCUGGCGUGCGUUGUCGUCAAUAAAAUGAACAGAAGAACUGUACUCUUCUUGGGCAUCAUCAUCAGCGUCAUAUCUCUAUUCUUAGCAGCUAUCCUACUCUUUCUACGAGAUUUGGGGCAUAUCUCAGAAAAAUAUAAGUGGAUCCCCGUCAUUCCCACUUUAACAUACAUCUUUGGGAAGACGCUGGGCAUUUUGCCAAUUCCCUGGGCCAUCGCUGGAGAGAUCUUCCCGUUGGCUUACAGGAGUUUGGGCAGUGGAAUAUCUGGAAUGUUCCUGUCGAUUAUGUUCUUUGUUGUGGUAAAGACUGCUCCGAGUUCGUUCCAAAAUAUUGGUGUGAACGGAACGUUUUGCGUUUAUGGCAUUUGUAUCACCAUUUGUGGGGGGUUUCUGUACUUCUUGCUUCCAGAAACUAAAGGAAAGACGUUGUAUGAGAUCGAAUGUCACUUCAAAGGCAUCAGCAGUGAACUGAAGAGAGAGAAUACUUGUGAGCAGGAGAGAAUGCUGGAACUGGGGAAGGUGGAAGGUGGUUGAAUGAACAGAUGGAUCCCCAAGGAACUGCUUUCAGCUCGAAGAGCUGGCCCCGUAUGUAAGGAGGAAUGAAGACUAGAUCAGAUGGAUGCUUUUGUAA